GCAUGCAGGGCGGGGUUUGCUGUCCCACCGGCACAUUAAAGUUUGAACAUCUUACUUAAACUGGGGAGAGUGUAGUGUACCAUUCCCUUUCUGGAAUGUAUUACCUGCUCAUAUCACCUUACGUCCCUUGGGAAAUCAUCGACAUUGCAAGCUGUCCCUCACAGAUCGCCCAUCCUUUCUCAUUAUUGUUUAUGAGUAAGUGAAGGUCGGGAAAUAGUAGAUAAGUGACUAUUGUCAUGCAUAUGAGCUGUGAAGGAUUACUCCAGCCCUUGUUUAGCCAGUGGAAGCUCUUAGUCUGGACAAAAAUACCUCAAAAUCCUCAAAACCUCUGCUCAAAGACGUAUGUUUUUCUUUAGCUUUUCCAGGAAGUCUACUUGGAUUCACUGAAUUCACUGAACCCUAGCCCCUUUGACAUAUGCUGGAACCGUGUAGAAUAACACUUGGCAAAUAUUGCAGGAGCCAUUACAGGCUUGUUCUCUUGUGCCAUUGCAACAGAGUUUUCCUUAGCACAGUCCACCUUCUGGUGCCCUACCAGUCCUCCAGUCCAGUUGCUCCCUUUCCUUGUCGAUCCACAAUCCCUGAAUGAGGGUUCGAGGAGGGGUCCCAAUCUCAUCAUGGCUUAUUCAUCUGCUGAGUCCCACAGAGAGAUGACGAAUGGGGCCCAUCCUAACACCCACCCAGGAGGCCCGGGAACCUCCACUUUGCCACGAUACUUGCACAAGAAGCAACAGCGGCAGAAGGGAAUGAGAUCUUCCUCCCCAAUGGGUAGAGUCAUCCUCAUCAAUUCACCUGUGGAUGGUGGGGAUGAUAGUGAAGACAUCCACACAAUCACUGUGGACAAGAGUGAGGAUGGUAGGCUGGGCUUCAGUGUGCGUGGUGGCUCAGAGCAUGGCCUUGGCAUCUUUGUUAGCAAAGUGGAGGACAAUAGCUCUGCAGAAUUUGCAGGGUUGUCUGUUGGGGACAAGCUGGUGGAAGUGAAUGGGAUCAGCCUGGAAAGCAUCACCAUGAGCAGUGCUGUGAAGGUUUUGACAGGGAACAACCGCCUGCGCAUGGUGGUUAGGCGUGUAGGGAAAGUGCCUGGAAUCCGCUACUCCAAAGAGAAGACCACAUGGGUGGAUCUAAUCCAUCGAAGGAUGGUGGUGGAAGAGAGUGGUCACACCCCCUCUGAGGUCAGCUCAGAUGGAGCUUUGCGCCGGAUAGUGCACCUCUACACCACCUCAGAUGAUUACUGCCUGGGCUUUAACAUCCGUGGUGGCAAAGAGUUUGGCCUGGGCAUCUAUGUCUCAAAGCUGGACCCUGGUGGCUUGGCAGAACAAAAUGGUAUUAAAAUGGGAGACCAGAUUCUGGCAGCAAAUGGAGUGAGUUUUGAAUAUAUUACACACAGCAAUGCUGUGGAAGUCCUGAAGAGCCACACCCAUGUCAUGCUCACUAUUAAGGAGGCUGGGCGGUAUCCUGCAUAUAAGGAGAUGGUAGCAGAGUACAGCUGGCUCAAUAAAUUGGCUAAUGGGGGCCAGCCAGCCUCCUCUCAGGGUUCAGACUCCUACUCGUCCACCUCCUCUCUGUCCUCUGGGACACCAGUCAGCUCCCUCAGCGGCCUCUCGCAGGUCAUGUUCCCCCCUCCAUUUGGCUCAGAGAUGGUAGAUGUGUGUAUCUCUACUGAGGAUGGCUCAUCACGCAAGCCCAGCUCUGAUCGCAUUGAGACAGCCAUCCAAACCGACCCCCUGGAUCCUGAUACAUCACCUCAACCCACCAGGGUCAUCUCCAUGGACACCAGCCGGAUGGUUGGUGAGACUGUUCUUUUGAAGGACACAGUGAUCAGGAGUGGCAGUUUUGAUAAGCAUCGUGAAGCGCAUAAAAGGACAUUUUCCGCAGGAGACAAGGAAAUUCUGGACUCUCCAAAAACUGCAGUGCUAAUGGCGCUCAGUAAACCUCGCAAGCCUAUCCGCCGAUCCCAGAGUCAUAUCACUGUCUCAGAGGACAAGCAAAAGAAGAAACAGCAGCAGGCAGUGAAGGCUGAGGCGUCUGGAAGCACACUGCAGCGCUCGAAAACCUUUGUCAGUCUGCUGUUCAAAAGUGGUCGAAGAAGAGACAGGAAGGAUAUGGGGACAGGACAGCGGCAUCAAGGAGGUUCCAAAUCACCAGCGGGUAAAGAGCGCAGUCGGUCCAUCAUUAAUCUCCUGAGUUCUCCGCGGGAGACCCGUGCUGGUGUGUGGGAGCCCGAAGCCAUGCCCAGUCCCGAGACCAUGGCCAUGGUGGAGAGCAUGGCGUGCAAACUGCUGAGUGAGGAUGAGGUGGCUGCAGUAAUGAGACACUGCAAUAGGUUUUUGACAGAGCGGGUGGUGGAAGACUUGGUACGCCCCCUGCUGGCUAUCCUUGACAGACCUGAAAAGUUGCUGCUGCUCAGGGAGAUCAGAAUGAUCAUCCCCCCAACAGACCUGGGUCGGUUUGACAGCAUGGUAAUGCCUUUUGAACUGGAGGCCUAUGACAUUUUAAAGAGCCGCUCUGUGCGCUCCCCAGUUCUACGUUCUCCUCGGCAUGGUGGAACUCCUCGCCGCCAUCUCAUAACACCCAUCCCAGACUACAGGGGAGGCUUCCAGCUGCAGCCUGUGCAGGAUUUGGAGCGAGAUCGACAGCUGAUGCAGGAGCUGGAGCGACUCAGGCUGGCCGGCCUCCCCACUGGCAAGCUCCCUCCUCCGCGAGCCUUCACACCUCUGUUGGACAUACCUGUGGACAGCUACAUUUCUGGUUCCAUUCGGCAGCACUCCUUAAGCCCACCUCGCCCCAAACAGCUGCUUGACGAGUCCCCUCACAGCACAGAGUGGCGUGGACGUUCCCCUAAAAGACAAGAACAUGAUUUGCCUCACAUGGCAAGCCAUGGUAAUACCACUCUAGAGCGGGGAAGAUCACCAUACAGGAACGGCCAUGGCAAAUCUACAAGGGCCAGAUCUGGCAAUGGAAAAGAGGUUAAGUACACAGUAAUGAGUGCACACAGGAGGAGCAGGACACCAAUAACGCAGGUAUUUGGGACGGACAUGCUGCACAACCCAAUGGAAAGGGAGCAGGCAAAUGGACAUGCUGGUUCCUCAGAGAACAGCCAAGACAGCGUGUCAGUGCAGGAGUAUGAGCUAACCACCGUCUUCAUAUCUAAGUGCAAACAGUCUCUGGGUAUAAGCAUCUCAGGGGGCAUUGAAUCCAAGGUUCAGCCAGUGGUGAAGAUUGAGAAGAUAUUUCCAGGAGGAGCUGCCUCCACCAGUGAUGUGCUGAAGGCUGGAUUUGAGCUUGUGUCAAUUGAUGGAGAAUCACUCCAGGGAGUCACACACCAGCAUGCUGUGGACGCCAUAAGGAAGGCUUUCAGCAACAAGGCCAAAGAACCCAUGGAGUUUGUUGUCAAAAUUCCAAAGAACCUGAAAGACUAAAGCAAAAUCUGCUGUACUGUGCUGUACUAUAGAGACAAAUUUACACCCAGAACUCAGUUCAUACUGUACAGUCUCUGAACAGAACACAUCUUAUUAUAACAAGGGAAGCUCCACGGAAAAGCAACGCUGCCACUGUGUAAUGUGAAUCAGUUGGCUGAAGCAACACGCCCAAAGCGUGAUGUUUGAAAGAGGGCUUUCACAAAGAGUUACUAUGGAUUUAUAAUAAUUGGGCUUUUGGACCAAAGUGUUUAUAUCUGGAGAAUCAAUGACGAUUCAGUGACAUCGCAUUAUUAUCAAUGCUUCAGUAUGUUUAUUUAAGAUCAUAUCUAUUUCAUAUCUUUUCCAUUCCUCAGCAGUAAAGAAUUUGUGUGUAAAUUUAGGUAUUACUUCUGCUAGUGCAAGAAGUACGUUAGCAUGGAUCAUCUACAUUAUAACACUACAACACAUCCUUCACAAACAGGGAGUACAAAGUUCAGGAGCGAAGAUUACACAAGGUUAUGACAAUAUGAGAUUUAUACCGAGUUUAAUUCACUAUUUUAAUUUCGUUCAAUCACUUUUAAUCUUUUCUUGUCCCUUGAGGCAUUGCUUUGAAGACAUUGUGCAUAGACGUUAUACACACUUAUGCAAAGACUUUGCCUGCAAUAAAAAGUUAACACUAAGGCCAUUCUGAAUGAGAUUACAUUACAUCGUUGCAGAGUGCCUUACAUGUGUGCAUUACUAGUGCACUAGAGCAUCUGAAAUGCUCGGGGAGUCAAAACAGGUACCGAAUGUGAUUAGGUCACGCUGUCUUUCCCUUGGGGGUAGGGGGAGGGGAUUUGUUAUCAAGUGAUUUUAUUACAAAAGUCCUAUACCUUAAUUAAAAAAUAAAACUCACUUGUCAUAAAGUUUGUUCAGCAGUGUAUCUUACAUGUUUCAGUUUGUUUAUAAUUUGUUUAUAACUCUUUCUAACAAGUAAAAUAUGUACAUAAACAGAAAGUAAUAGCUAAAGCAAUAAUAUCAGCAAGAGCCAAUCUGACUUGUAAGGGACUUAUUUUUAAUCAAAACCAUUGUAUUGCUUUUUACAGGAAAUGUACAGCAUGAUAAUAUACAAGUGACUACAAAACACACACAAAACAUGAAUAAAAGAGAAUGAAACAAAUACAUUGUUACUUUGCUUUGGUCUAUUCCCAGUGGUUACACCUUUUAUAGAGAUAUUAUGCAUAAAAAUUUUAAUACAAUACUAGGAAUAUUUACACGCGUGUAUGAAAUGGUAUUCAGUGGAAGAACAAAAAAAACACUGGGAAUAAAGAAACACCACUGAGUGUAUUCACAAACCAUGUAACAGAGACAUGUAAGAAAGCAGUCUGAUCAGAGAGAGAAAAGUAUGCUAUGUUAUUGAUUAAAGGGUAUGUCUCACUCCUCACGUUAUCACUGUGCUGCUCUGGUUUAACAGAUCUCUGAGGGAGUGUGUGUGUCUGUGUGUGUGUGUGUGUGG